GCCUUUUGAUACCCCUGCCUAAGUUAAAAAUUGUCUUCACCGCUAGCUAGUAAACCAACGAACGAGCAGAGGAGCUUUGUUGUGAGGUGAAUUAAUGGCUGCCUCCGUUUGCCCAAUUGAUUCGCAAUAUACGGACCAAAUCUCUACCCUUCUCAAGUCUCCAUCUCCUCAUCAAGUCAAGGAGUAUUUCCAAGAGCUUAUAGCUGAAAGGAAAUGCAAGGGAAUUAGAGUAAACCCAGAAGGCGAACACGGAAAGGGAGUUUAUGCUGAUUUUGAUUUUAUAGAAGGGGACCUUAUUUUGAAGGAUCAAAUGCUUGUUGGUGCCCAACAUUCUUCCAAUAAGAUUGAUUGUUUAGUUUGUAGCUUUUGCUUCCAAUUUAUUGGCUCGGUAGAGCUUCAAAUUGGGAAGAAGCUUUAUUUGCAAGAGCUAGGCAUCUCUGCAGACAAUGAAUGUGGUCCUUCUGAUAGAACAGAAUGUUCUUCUGGUAGUUUUAUUGACAGGAGUCCUCUCCUUCAAGAUACUAUCGAAUCAUUAAUGAAUGGUUCUAUGCGAUUACCUUUCUCUGAGAAGUUCCCUCUGCCUUCAGUUGUUUCAUGUCCCGGUGGAUGCAGAGAAGCAUACUACUGCAGCGAAUCAUGUGCCAAGGCUGAUUGGGAUUCAUUCCAUUCUUUGCUUUGUACUGGGAAGGGAUCAAAAUCAUCAAAUAUAAAGGCACUUCUGAAAUUCAUUCAACAUGCUAAUGAAACUAAUGACAUUUUCAUCCUAGCUGCCAAGGUUAUUUCGUUUAGCAUUCUGAGAUACAGGAAACUGAAAGUUGCACAGUGUGAAAAUCCCGAGAAACACGAUUCCAUGAAUCUUUGUACCAAUUAUGGUUUUCCAUUGCUGUUAGAAGCAUGGAAGCCUGUAUCUAUGGGAUACAAGAGAAGGUGGUGGGACUGCAUUGCUCUGCCAGAAGAUGUUGACUCUUGUGAUGAAGCUAUGUUCAGAAUGCAAAUAAGGGACCUGGCAUUCACGUCACUGGAGAUCCUGAAGGAAGCCAUGUAUGACAAGGAAUGUGAGCCGUUAUUUUCACUUGAAAUCUAUGGUCAUAUAAUUGGCAUGUUUGAGCUAAAUAACCUUGAUUUGGUCGUAGCUUCUCCAGUGGAGGAUUACUUCUUGUAUAUUGAUGAUCUUCCAUUCUCAGAAAAGAAAGAAGCUGAGAAAAUUACAAAACCUGUUCUUGAUGCUCUUGGUGAUGACUAUUCAAUUUGUUGUCAAGGCACUGCCUUUUUCCCUCUGCAGAGUUGUAUGAAUCAUUCUUGUAUUCCUAAUGCUAAAGCAUUUAAACGAGAAGAGGACCGGGAUGGCCAAGCAACCAUAAUUGCUCUUAAACCGAUUUCCAAAGGAGAAGAGAUAACAAUAUCAUACAUAGACGAGGACCUUCCCUAUGAAGAGAGACGGGCUUUACUUGAAGAUUAUGGUUUCCUAUGUUUAUGCCCCCGAUGUUCUGAGGAAGGAUCAUAGAUGAGAAUUGGAUCUAUACUUCACAGAUCCACGAACAAGACAAACAUUUUGCAGCUAUUAAGGAGAUGGUGUAUAGUAAGAUAUUUGUUUUACCUAUAGAUGUUAGACGUCAAGGUUUACAUAAGAAUCAAGGAUCUUUAGCUCCUUCAUUUGAUCUUAGUUGAUGAAAUUUUGAGAUAAUUGACUUGCCCAGCCUAUGCAAACAACUUGAAACAUUCUGCAGGAGAGAUACGUUGAUGAAAUGAUUAUUUUCGGGUGUUUGGAUUCCUAAGAAUCAUAACGUUUUCCUGGUUACGAAA